CGAAACUCAGGAAAGAGCCAGAACGGCUGCGGCUCUGCUCCCCUCUGAGAAAUUCUCCAGAAACGCCCGAUUUUAUUUUUCCAGUCUCGGUUUUAACCGCUUCACGGACAAUUUGAUUGUUUUACCUUAUUGUGACGUUAGCUGGGUCAGGAAGAUGGAGUUUGCCAGUAGUCAUAUUUACAUUAUUUACCCAGACAAUGCAAAGCGGACAGAGCAACUUGGUUGCAACAGAAAUCACCCAGUGGGGACUAUGAGGAACACCACUACAGGUGAAAGCCCAGUGGCCCAUCUCUACGACCCAGUGACAGCCUGCAGCCCAGCAUCUGAGGAUAAGAAACCCGUCAAUGCCCCUUUCUAUGACCCUGUGGAAGGUGGAGACUCCGUGUAUGACAAUUGGACCCCAGCAAUUGUGGCUCCAAAAUCUGUCUCAGUUUAUGACAAUAGGCUUGGAUUUAGCACGGAUCCUGGACUCCAUGACCAGGUGCUCUGCAGUUCUCCUGCUCCCAGCAAUGCCACAGCAGCAGAAGUGGCAGAAGGUUCAGGCAGUUACUAUGAAAAAAGGAGGACUUCAGACCCCCAAACAAUGAAGCACCCGGCCAACCCACCACUUCUGCCACACCCCUGGCAUCGGCUUGGCAACAUUACCCAUGGCCCACCCCCUCCACUCCCACCCAGACCAAGGAAUUUGAAACGUGUGCCUGAUUACGUGGAGCUGAUUGAUUCAAAUCCCACUGAAGGGCCCAGGAGUCGGCCAUUGUCAACACCCCAACUGCAGCUCCAAGCUCCUCCAGACUCUCAGCCCCCUCCCUUGCCUGAUAGAACAUUUCUGAAGCAAGAGAAAGAAGAAUUGAAGGGGAACAUCAACGUGGUGUUGGUGAACUUGGGGAAGCUGGUCAACGUCAAGGAUGCAAAGCCACAGACGUGUGCUCCAGUGUACUGCCAGAAUUGCUCAGCAACUAUGUCUACUUUCAGCAAGGUACAGGAAUUGCACGCCAUGGUUUGGACAUGUGAAUUUUGCAACAAAAAUAACAGUCUGGAUUAUCGUUCCAACGAAGGCAGGCUUGGAAAUGAUCAGAUUUACAUCCACAUCCCUAACCCUAUGACCUCUGCAGAUAUCGAUGAUUCACUGGUCGUGUUCUGUGUUGACAUCUCCGGCAGUAUGAGUGUUACAUUUGAGAUGAAUAGAAGCAGCAACUGCAAAUCACUCUAUAUGUCCCGUCUACAGGCUGUACAAGAGGCUGUAACCCAGUCACUCGACUAUCUUUUCCAAACAUCACCUCGGACAAGAGUCGCCCUGGUUACCUUCAACAAUGAGGUAACAAUCUAUGGAGAUGGACUGACCACCCCGCGGACUCUGCAUGACUUUGAGUUAAUUGAUCAAACUUACUUGAAAACGCUGUGUGUCCAGCAGGCACUGCCGCAUUGUAUUUUGGAGAGUAAGGAUGCCUUACAUCGCCACAUAAGCCUGUUGCAAGAGUGUGGUGCUACAGCAUUGGGUCCAGCAGCUCUAGUAUCCAUAGCGAUGGCUUCCCAGAAACAAGGCUCCAAGGUUAUAAUCUGUACAGAUGGACGAGCUAACACCAUCCUGGGAAAUCUGGAGGACAUUAAGGAUGAUAAGAUUUAUCAGUCCUCAAAGCUUUUCUACAAUCAGCUGGCUGAAUAUGCAGUGACAAAGGGGGUGAUCGUCUCCAUAUUGACUAUUGAAGGCACUGACUGCAGAUUACCAGAACUUGGACAGCUGGCAGAUAAAACUGGAGGAAAGGUGAAUAUCACCAACCCAGCCAAUUUAUACAAUGAAUUUCAGCUAAUUUUGGAAGAUGACAUCAUUGCUACGAGUGUCACCACCAGCUUCAUUGUUGACGAUGGUCUGUAUUUUAAAUAUGAAGAUGACUUAAGCAGCAAAAAUGUGAAACAAGUUGGAAAUGUCAGCAAAGACAUGGAGGUCACCUUUGAAUUCGGAGUAAAAGAAUCAAAGUUAGAGGAAAUUCAAAAAAAGGUGGCACUUCACUUUCAACUUCAAAUUGGCUUCAGGCUUCCAGAUGGUAGAUGUGCCUACAGAAUUAUCACCCAGGAGAAGCCUACAACUAACUGCAGCGCCAUUGUUAAGGACCAUAUAAACCUCAGCGUUCUACAGAUUCACACUGCACAGAUCAGUGCUCGCUUGGCAAUGGAGGGCAGGAUGCAGGAUGCUCAGAAGGAGGCCCUGACUCAGAAGGAACUCAUGGAAGAAAUACUAGCCAGAAAGAAUGAUGUGGAGCAGGAGGUGAUUUACGAAAGUUGGAUGCAAUCCAUGUCCCCUAUUUACAGUGCCCUCAAUAGCAAAACACAGGACGCAGCAACAGCACAGCCUUUGUAUGAGGCACUAAGCACCAAGCGAGACAGAGACUCUGUUGUUAAGUCUUUCACAGAUGACAUCGCCAAUGUGGUUUAUCGGCUGAAGAACGCAAAGAAAAAAAUGUUCAAGAAACCAAAGUUCAUGGUGGCACUGUGACAGUUCCAGGCAAAUCAGGCAGCUGCCCUUGUCGCUCCUGACUUCCUCUCCCUUGAAUGGUUUAACUUCCAUGGGUUGCAGUGGUUCAAGAAGAAAAACUAUCGUCACUUUCUCAAGGGAAGCUAUGGAAGAGCAAUAAAAGCUGCACGCUGAAAAUAAAUUUUAAAAGUAUAACUCAACAUAGAUGUUAUAAGAGUUGGCUGAUAAUUGUCUGAAGCAAUACCCGUAAAAUUCCUUGUGCAUUGCAGAUGUUUGCACAUUAGUGAAAUAUCGCCCAAGAGAACUCUCAAGCACAUUCACAAAACAAGUCGCUUUGGAAAUCAGAGAGUUUAGGGUGAACUUUAAUUAUUGGAUUUGCUUCUUUUUGACCUUGCUAUGCACCGUAAGAUUUAUUCAAUGUUUAAUAAAAGGCCUACAGAUUGUAUUUGGCCCAGAAACCACAUUAAACAUGUGAUCGGGAUUUAUAUUGACUUAUUUGUUCAAGAUCUAUUGCAACAAAUUAUAUGGGCCAUGUCAGAAAUAUAACCUCAGGUACAGUUCUGUAAAUAUUAGAGUGACUGAUCUACUUUGCAUAUUCCCUUUAUCUCUCCCCUUUUAUUCUUUACUGAAUUAAGUAUUCCUUUUCCUUGUCUUGUUUUCUUUUCCAUUCACUUCUUAUCCAUGAAGAUCAGGUAGUCAUGUUUGCAAAUUAUGAAUUUAAUGCAAUUAAUAUCUUUAUAACCCCUGAAAUAUAUUUUUAGCUAAGCAAUAGGCACCAGAGAGGUUUAUUCUGAAAUUACCAUAAACCCCUGAAAGGGUUUUGCCUCUGUGCCUAUAUUGCUUUAACAGUGGUCAUGGUCCUAAUUUGCUGUUUCACAGUGGUAUUGCCAAAGCUUCACUUUCAGCUGUGGCUCAGUGGAUAGCACACUUGCCAAUGGUGGCUUGAGUAAGAAACCUAGACUGGCAAUCCAACCUCGUACUGAAAGAGUGUUGCAUUAGCAGAGUUGGAACUUUCAGAUGAAAUGCUAAAUCAAAGCCUCAUCUGCCCUCAAGUGGAUGUAAAAGAUCCGGCUGCCCUGUCUGAGGAAGAGCAAGGGAGUUUUCCCCCCACAUAACGGACUAUUUGGCCUUUAUCUCUGCUAUUUGUGGUAACUUGUGUUUGUAAAUUGGCUGCUUUUUUAAUUCUACAUUACAACAAUGACUACAUUUCAAAAGUAAUUAAUUGGCUGUAAAACUCUUUUACAUCCUGAGGUUGUGAAAAGGGGUAUAAGGUUUUCUUUCACUAGGCAGACCUGCGUGAGUUCAAAGCAUUGACCUGUGAUAUUCUAGUAACCAUCAAAUAAUCUAUUUGGAGAGAAUGCUAAGUAAAUAUUACAUUGUUUUGUACACUUUAAUAAAUUGUAAAUUUCCUUUUUGAAGCUUACAAUCAUAUAAAAAGACUCUAGGGCUGAGUGUUCUGCCACUGAAGAAAGUACAAUCAAAGGGACAUGAAGUUGGCUUCUGUAAGUGUAUUAUAGAUCAGCUCUUUAUCUCACUUAAGCUGGGCUACAUGGAGGCUUAAUGCCAUUAAAAUUGAACAAAAA